AUGGCGAUCACCGGCUAUAGUGGCUUCUACACCGGACUGGAUGCGUGUGGCCGCUGUGCUGUCGGAGGUGUUGCGGCCAAUGUCCGCGUGGGCGAAUCCGUACCUCAGAUUCGCACGGGCCUCCGGCUGAAAGCCCCUGCGCCCUCAGUGCCGCCGCUGCCGGUGCCACCUUCCUCGCCACCGCCUGCCUUCUUCAAGCACCCGCAGGAGUUGGAAGUCAUGAGCAGUUCGAAGCUGUGGCAGCUAGCCCAACAUCUGCAGACCUUGGGAGGGGGCAUCUUGCCUAUCCUGCCUUCGCAUCGAAAAGGCUUGGAGGCCUGGAUCCUCAAGGCCCAGAAGCUCUUGAAGCUGGCAGGCGACACGCAAGCUGCAGGCUUUCCCUCCGAGCUCGGCCAGGCUGCGCAAGGCGGCUUCCGACUGGAUGUCGCCGAGCUGGAACUUCCGAAAGGCGGCAAAGUUCGCGAGGAGUUCCAUGAGGCGCGGAAGCUCCGCCUACAGCGGCGGCAAGCUACAGCGGACGGUGCACAGGCGGUUCGUCAAGGUUGGGCUAUUCAUACGACAACAGCUUCGCCAUGGACUAUACGUGCAACAGAUUUGCAGAUUAUGCUUCCUUCGCCAUUGUUGGCAUACUGUUUCUCGCUGUUUCCACCCUAUCGACCUCCUGUCCUGUGA